AUGCACAAUAUUAUUAACAUUCGUCGUUUUCCAUUCGAAGAAAUUAUUAAAUUAUUAUGUUUAACACCUAAUUUACACACAUUACAAUUUGAUGAAUAUUCUUUGCAAGAAAUAAAUUCAAAUUUCACGAAAUACAAUAUACUUUUACAAGAUAUAUUAAAGAAAAAUAAAAUUGAAAAUUUAGUUCUUACUGGUACAUGUUCAUUGAAUCAAAUUCGAUUCAUUAUUUAUGUAUUUUCGAAAUUAAAAUAUCUUGAAAUUGAUAUAUAUAGUACAAAUAUAUCAUCAAUAAUUCAAUAUUUAUUAUCAAAAACUCAUAAUCAAGCACAACAUUUAUUUUAUUUAUGCAUUUCAUAUAUUGAAGAAGUAUACUUUGAAAAAACAAAAGAUUUAAUUAAAUUAAAGAAUUUACUUGAUAAUUACUCUAUUGAAUACAUUAAUUACAGUUUACGUUUAUGGUGGUAA